AUGGUCAACCUCCAACUCGCUAGUUUCCUUCUUUUUGUUUCGUGCAUUCAUUUCAUUUCCUCUCAUCAACGUAUCUAUUGUGUGAUCAAAACGUUCGGUCAAAAUUUAGCAACACGAGCAUUGACUGUACAUCAAACGUGGGCGAACCGAUGUGAUAAACAUGUUUUUCUAAUAGCAACUAAUCUUACAAAAUGGAAUAAUACCAUUUUACCUAUUUUAAACCUUUUCGACGUGGGGGAUAAUUAUGUCGAAUUAAGUAUAAAAGUAUUUGAUGCAAUUAAUCUUAUUAUUCAACAACCUCAACCCUACGAUUUCGAUUGGUUACUAAUGGCUGACGACGAUACAUAUAUAAUUAUGGAGAAUUUACGUCAAUUAUUGUACGAAACAUCAGAACCAUUGGCAUUCGGGCAUGUCUUCGCACCGAACAACGGCGCACCUGUUCAUUUGAGCGGUGGUGCGGGUUAUGUCAUAAAUACCGUAGCGUUGAAACGAAUGUUACCUAAUUUACAGACGACUUGCUCCCAAUGGUAUGUCCCAGGAAUGGAAGAUGUCUAUGUCAGUCGUUGUUUACAACAUCUCAAUGUAACCUUGGAUGGUGCUAUAGACGGUUUGCAUCAUCGAUUCUUUCCACUGGAAUUACUAUCACUGUAUUAUAUGGAGUAUCCGCAAUGGUAUUUGGAUUAUAACACAUUGAAAACCUAUCCUGGUUUUGAUUGUUGUUCGACGCAAUCAAUUAGUUUUCAUUAUAUGACUCGAGAGUGGAUGAAUCUAAUCGAAUGGACGCGGUAUUUAGAUGAAACGAAAUAA